AUGCUAGAAUUUCGCACCCAGGGCUUUCAAGGCUAUGCGGUCAAGUAUUCUCCUUUCUUCGACAAUCGAUUAGCAGUUGCGGCAUCGGCGAACUAUGGAUUGGUGGGUAAUGGACGUCUCUAUAUCUUGGAGUUGACACCACAGGGCAUCCAGCCUCUCAAAAGUUAUCCUACACAAGACGCCCUUUACGAUGUAACACACUCCGAAGCGCAUUCAUUCCACGUCCUCACCUCUUCUGGAGACGGAUCCCUCCGACUCUACGACACGUCUCUGGCACCUGAAUUUCCCAUCGCCACCUUCCAAGAACACUCCCGGGAAGCGUUUUCCUGCAGUUGGAACCUCACCUCGAAAGCCACCUUUGCGUCCUCCUCGUGGGACGGGACUGUCAAGAUAUGGAAUCCAGAGCGACAACAGAGUCUGUUAACGUUGCCGACACAUUCAUGUACCUACAGUACCCAAUGGAACCCUUAUACAGACGGCAUGCUCAGCGCAGUGUGCUCUGACAGCCACUUACGAGUCUGGGAUCUGAGAACGCCCGCCAGCGCCAGCAAUCACCUCACGAUGCAGAUUCCGAUUCAUGCAGCACCCCUCUCUGUCGGAGUUGGCAAACUGCAGCCCACCUUCCCGCCAGCCGAAGCACUCACACAUGACUGGAACAAAUACCGAGGAACGAUUGUGGCGACGGCUGGAGUGGACCGCAUCAUCCGAACAUUUGAUAUACGGCAGCCCAAAGGGCCGCUUCAGUUGUUACAAGGCCACGGAUAUGCCGUGCGGAAGGUUGCGUGGAGUCCACACCUGCCAGAUUUAUUGCUGAGCGCCAGUUAUGACAUGACAUGUCGCGUCUGGACAGAUGGAGGUGACCAAGGUGGACAGGCCAGAGAGCUUGGUAGCAUGGGUCGACAUACCGAGUUUGUGACCGGGGUCGACUGGUGUCUAUUCGGUAGCGAGGGGUGGGCGGCGAGUUGUGGUUGGGAUGAACGUGUCUGCGUGUGGGAUGUACGAGCGUUCAUGCAUCCGUGA